AUGGAGCUGAAAAACAUAAGAUUUUUAUUGUUCCUCGUAUCUUGGGCGCUACUAGCCCAGUGCCGCAUCGACGCCGGCAGCAUACCACGGCGACUAAAGGCUGCAAAACUGGACCUUGUGGUUGGUCGGGGCGCGACAAAUAUCCGCACCAUUAAGGAGGCUAUCGCGACAGCGGUUCAGAACAGGACAGGCGACAAGAGGUAUGUUAUAAAAGUAAAAGCGGGAGUUUACAACGAGAAUGUCAUUAUCGACGACAACCUUCCGAAUCUCACGCUGCUCGGAGAUGGAAAGGGGAAGACUAUUAUCUCCGGCUACCUUAGUGUUCUUGGCAAUAACUUAACCACCUUCCAAACUGCAACCGUUACGGUUGAUGCUGACGGGUUUAUAGCUCGCGGCAUAACAUUCCGGAACACCGCCGGUGCGAAGGCGGAGCAAGCGGUGGCGCUGCGGGUGAGCGGCGACAGGGCGGCCUUCUACAGCUGUUCAUUCGAGGGAUACCAAGACACACUCUACGUCCACCACGGCCGACAAUUCUACAAGAAAUGCGACAUCUACGGCUCACUCGACUUCAUCUUCGGAAACGCCAUGGCCGUCUUCCAAAACUGCAACAUAUACGUAAGACAACCAAAGAGCAAGGACGCAGUAAUCACAGCCUCAAAGCGCGAAGACCCAAAGAAUCAAACAGGAAUCAUAAUCCAGAGAUCGCACAUCGCCGCCGCGCCGGGCACGCACCUGGAAGGAAUCAAAGUAUACCUGGGAAGACCGUGGGGACACUACGCAAGAACAGUUAUCAUGCAAUCACACAUCGAUUCUUUGAUAGAUCCAGAAGGGUGGCUAUGGUGGGCUGGAAAGGAAGAUGUUUUUAAGGAUAAGAUAUACUAUGCAGAGUUUAAAAACACCGGCCCCGGCUCUUCCACCGCCCGCAGGGUGGAUUGGGGUAAUGCGCGCCAAGUGAUUACACCACAACAAGCUGAACAGUUCACUGUGGACAAGUUUAUUGAUGGCAAUUCAUGGCUGCCAUCUACCAAUGUUCCAUUCAGUUCUGGCCUCUGA